CACACAGCCUUUUAUUUGUUUUAAGUUUUAUGGAUCUCCAUUUUGGGGUGUACUCAGCUUGGUAUUUUGUGUUGAUAUUAUUUCAGUAACAUGAGGCUUUAAUCAUUGGGUUGCAUGAGUGAGGAUGGUUGGUUCAGGUUUGUGUCACUCCUAUGACCAUUAUUUUAUGCUGCCUCUUUAUUAGGCCAUGUAUGUUCCACAGGAAAGCCAAGGUUCUUCAUAUGACUGUGCUUAGGAAGAUGAGCAAUAGGUCUUUUCACACCUGUGCUGACAGUCUGUAGUUUUCACCAAUUCUGUAUGUAAUUAACAUAGAACUGAAUUUCUUUUAUAAUAUCUAUCUACCAACUAAUGGACUGUGAAUUUGUCUUAAUUGAUCAGUUUAAUACUUGAAACAUAAAGGUUUCUUCUCCCCUAAGAAGUCAGUAUUCUUUUCCAGCUCAUGUAUAAUGUUUUGAGCAGGAAAAUCUGGGGCAAAUUGGCAAUAGUUCUUUCCUGACUACUUCAUGUAUCUUUUUUCCCCAGCCUUGCUUCCAGAAUCUUCUGUUCAUUGUCAACAGGAACAUAGAAUGGAUGGAUUUCAGGGCACUGUGAUUCUAAACCCAAAUGGAUUGUCAAGCUGGAGGAAUGUACAGAACCAUGGAUGGGAGAUACCUCAGACAAGACUUUCCCAGAUGACCAGCGAAUGGAUGUCAUACUUAAGACUUGCCAGGAAAUUCCAGAUGAAUGACUGUGUGAAGUAGUAGUCACCAAUAGCAACACUAUGGAGGAAAGAGUGAGAUUAGUGAGAACUUUUAAUUUGGGCUCAAAACACAUGCCAGAGCUGAGGAAGAAUAAUGGGAACUCCUCAGGAAUGAGGACUGAGAAGUCCAUUACAUGUCAGAACAUGCUUCUCUGCAGUGAGCCUGUAAAGAUGCAUGCUGGAUCCAGACCUGGUGUAUCUCAUGUAGUUGAAAAAUCCUUCAGCCAAAUGAAACAUUUUAGUCAACAUUCUGAGAGUCCAAAUGAGCAGAACUAUUUCAAGGAUGGUGGAGAAGGGAUGGUAUUAAACUUAGAGACCAUAUUCUUUAGACAAAAUUGGGUUUGUGUGGGAGAACUCUCUUACAAUAAUCAAUAUAGAGAAAGCAAUUGUAAGUCUGCUCUCAUUGGCCAAUAAAUACUUCAGGGAGUGAGGAAAACACCUGAGUGUACUGUACAUGGGGAAACAUUCUACUUCAGACCAACAGUCAGUACACAUCAGAAAAAAACACACUGUAAACAGUCCCUGUUCAUGGAGUGAAUGUGAGAAAACUUUCAGUAAGGAAAUAGACCUUCCUAACCAUGAGAGCAAAUACAGAGAGAUGUUUGAUAAUUACACCAAAUGGGGGAAGUGUUUUGCCAGAAAAGUAUACCAUCCUGUUUAUGAAAGAGCAAAUACAGGAGAGAAACCUUAUGAAUGCAACCAAUGUGGAUAAUUCCUUCAUGGACAGGCCAGCUGUAAGCAAAGAUAAUAGAAUUCACACAAAUGUGCUAACUCAUGAAUGUAUCAAAUGUAGAAAAUCUUUCAUCCAGAAAGGAAAGCUAAGUAGACAUCAUACAGUUCACACAGAUGAAAAACUUUAUGAAUGUAACCAAUGUGGAAAGUCUUUCAUCUGGAAGUCACGCCUUACUGUUCAUCAAAGAACACACAUGGGAGAGAAACCUUAUAAAUGCAACCAAUGUGGAAAGUCAUUCAGGAAGUUGUCAAAUCUUAUUUAUCAUAAAAGAAUUCACACAGGUGAAAAACCCUAUGAAUGUAACCAAUGUGGAAAGUCUUUCACCUACAAGUCAAAGCUUAGUGCUCAUGAGAGAACACACAUAGCAGAGAAACCUUAUAAAUGUAACACGUGUGGAAAGUCUUUCAUCUGGAAGUCAUAUCUUAGAGAUCACCAGAGAACACACACAGGAGAGAAACCUUACAAAUGUAACAUAUUUGGAAAGUCUUUCUCCAAGAAGACAAAUCUUAGAGUUCAUAAGACAAUACACACAGGAGAGAAACCUUAUCAAUGUAACCAAUGUGGAAAAUCUUUCAACCGGAAAACAUAUCUUAGUGAUCAUCAGAGAAACCACGCAGGAGAGAAACCUUAUGAAUGUAACAAAUGUGGAAAGGUCUUCAUGCACAGUUCAUCUCUAAGAAAACAUAAGAGAAUUCACUGUUUAAAAAAAAUAUUAGGAACUUAACACAUAGAGACAGCCCUUCACCCAUCAGUCAGCACUCAACAGCAUAAGAGAAGUCACACAGAUGAGAAACUAUGGAUAUAACCAAUGCGUAUGAACCUUCACCCAGAGAUCACAACAUAGCUUGCAUGAGAGAAUUCAUGAAGGUGAAAAUCCUUAUGAAUGUAACAUGGAAAGUGUAACCUGUAGAAAAUCAACCAUAAAUGAUUACCUCUAGAUGCAUCAGAGAAUACAAAUUAGUGUUAUGAAUGUACAAAAUGUGGAAAAUCUUCCAACCAGAAGUGAGGUCCCAAUAUGUACCUGAGGACUGACUCUUCUUUUACAUGGAACAGUUUCUGAAUAUGUCAUGCUGUCAGGAAUUUCUUUAGGUUGUAAAUUAAUGUGGUUGAGCUUGAAAUAUUUAUUUAUUCCUUAGUUUGGUAUUGUAGAUUUGCUUUUAAAUGAGCAAGGUAAAAUGACUUUGUGCUUAUAUUUUGUAUUUAAUUAAUGACUGAUAAUGAAUCACUUGUGAUUGAUUUGCUCUUAACCAAUUCUGCAGUUCUGCAGAGUGAAUUAAAAUAAAACACCACUGUAGAUGAUAUGAAGAAUAUUAUUGUCUUUUCUUCCUGUUCUGGUUGCUGAAAUCAUCUCAGGAGGAUGAUUAGCUCUCUGUCAACACUACUGUCCUUUUUUCUAGCUCCCUGUAGAUAGUUGUACCAAAGCACAACUAGGACCUACUUUUGUUAAAAUUAAUUCUGGCACCCAUAUAAAAAUGAGAAACUUGGGAAAAAUGAAAAACAAGGGUUAGGAGAUGCUUACAGGAGACAAGCAGAUACAAGUAGAAUUGUAGUAGACAUUUGAUAGGGUAAAACAAGCACAACAUUACCCCCUUUGGAUUUUCUGAUUGCAUAGGUAUGUACG